GGAUAACGACCCCCGUGUCAUUCGACGUGGUGGGUGCUGCGAGACCUCUCCUGAUGUCACUGGCUUCCUGGAGACAGACAUCUCCAUGCCACUUCACCCCCAGAAACAUCAACUCUGUCCCCAUGUCACUGCUCCCUCAAGAGCCGCCCUCUGCUGCCCCUUCUACAGCUCCCCAUCCCUGACCCUCCAGCUAAGAGAAGCAGGGAGGGGCUGGGUGGAGAGCCAGGCCUCUGAGGCAAAUUACCGGUACUCAGGGAGCUGAAUCCUGGGUCCCAGGCCCUGGCAGAUUUUGUUCUCUCACCCAGGGUUCAUCAUUAUAUGUUCCAGGAAAGAUAUUUGUGUUGCAUAUCUCCAAGCAGUGUAGAGCAACAGGCCGUAAGGGAAGCGACACCAUAGAACUGGGGCCAGUGAGACAGGGCUUGAUGAGCCAAGGGCCUGCAGAAAAGGGGAGAGCUAGAAAUCAGGGCAUUGAUAAAACAAUUUCACAUUGGACACAAAUUCAAGGAAGGGAGCAAGGCAUUUAGCAAGGUGAAGGGAAAAGUUUUAAACCUGCAUUUGAAGAAGAAACUUGAUUGGCUCAGAGGGAGAAAGUGCCAGGUAAACAGGCAGCAAAAACAAAAGAGCUUAAAAGCUUCCUCCAGUUUGCUGAAUGAAGCGGAAAGAGAGGAAGCCAAGAUUAGGGGAGUAGUGUGUGUUUAUAUGGGGAAUAAGGUGGGUGUGGACACAGAGCAGAUUGAAGAGAGAGUCAGUCAAGCAUGCCAAACGCCAAGAUGGCAGUUUUAUAUUGCAUUCAGAAAUGGAGAGGAAGCCAUGGUUGGUAAUUGAAACGGGAGGAUGGGUAGGAAGGAACAGUUUAGGCAGAUAGUGAAGGGUGAUGUAUGACAGGGGGAAUAUUAAUAAAUAUAGUUAGUGAAGAUUUUUUCUUCUCUAGGUUCUCAACGAACAUUUAUGCAAAUCAUGGUUCCAUGGUCAAUGACAUCAAAUCAAAAUGGAAAUCGGAAUCAGGUGUCCUAUGUCAUUACAAUAGAAGAGAGUUCAUAUACCCUUCACCUGAAGCAACAAGUUUUUUUACCCAAUAAUUUCAGGGUGUAUACUUACAGCCAAGAGGGGUCUGUUAAUUCUGAUUUCCCACAUAUUAAGCGUGAUUGUUUCUACAAAGGAUAUAUUGCAGGUUUUCCAAAUUCAGUUGUGACACUCAGCACCUGUUCUGGACUUAGAGGGAUACUGCAGUUAAAGAAUGUCAGCUAUGGAAUUGAACCUUUGGACUCUACGCCUGGAUUUCAGCAUCUAGUUUAUCAAAUAUGGAAUGAAAACAUAGAGAGUCUGCUUUUUGUAGAAAAUGAUUCUGUUAUAUGGAGUGAAGGGAUGACACGAAAGCUGGAUACAGGAAUAAAAUCAAAACAGAGUUUCAUCAGAUACUCCAGAUAUCUGGAAAUGCAUGUGAUUUUGGACAAGGAUCUGGAAUGUCUAUGGGAUCAAUGUUGCCAACGCACCUGUAAAUUUAGACGAGACAUCAAAUGUAUCACUGGAGAUUGUUGUUGGAAAUGUAGGUUUGUUCGAAAUGGUACAUUAUGUCGAAGCACUAGCGAAGAUGAGUGUGAUCUAAUAGAGUAUUGCAAUGGUUCUUCUGCACACUGUACACCUGACUUCUGGGUCAUGGAUGGACACCCAUGCAACCGUAACACAGCCUAUUGUUUCAAAGGAGUGUGCCAAACUGCUGAUAAACAGUGUAAAAAACUCUUUGGUAAAGCUUCAAAAAGUGGCUCUCUCGCGUGUUAUGAAGAAAUUAAUAGUCAAAAGGAUAGGAUGGGACACUGCGGCUCCAAUCAGGACGGUUACCAGACUUGCAAAUGGAAAGAUCUCCAAUGUGGGAAGUUAGUUUGUCAAUAUCCAAGUCGUAGACCAUUCAUUAAGGAAAAGGCUGCUGUCAUUUAUGCUAGGGUGCAGAAUUCCUUAUGCAUAACUUUAGAUUAUAUGAAGGGGCCUAGAGUGAAGGAUCCAAUGUUGGUGAAGGAUGGUACUGUCUGUGGUAAGCAAAAGAUUUGUAUGAACCAGAAAUGUGGAGAUGCUGCUGUCCUGAAAUAUAAUUGUGAUGUAAAGAAAAAAUGCAAUGACCAUGGAGUGUGCAACAACAGAGGAAAUUGUCACUGUAGGUCUGGCUGGCUGCCACCAGAUUGCAAAAUUUCAUCAAAAGGAUAUGGAGGGAGUAUUGACAGCACUUUCAGAAGUGAUGCAAUCAUUGACAGACUUCACUGGAACACUUUGAAGAACUGGCUUCUGCUAAGUUUCUGUCUCUUUCUGCCUGUCCUUGUUUGUUCUAUCAUCAUGAUUAUAAAACGAAAUGAAUUGAAUAGAUGCUGCACUAAGGAAGAAUCACAAGUUGAUGAAUAAGAGGCUGUACAGCCUGAAAGACUCAGACACCCUCAAGUCCUUGGGCCCGUAUACCCCCUCCACGCAGUGGAGACACUUCCGCCCGCAACCUCCUCAGAGAUUCCAGCAGCAGAACCGACAGGACGGUUCUCGGAGGAGGAACAGGAGUGGCAGGAGGAGGCAACACCCAUCCUCGAGCCAGGGCUCUGGCCUGCCCAAACCGCCCUCUGGCCCUAAACCAGCCUUUUGAAGAUGCGGUUGAGGACGGUGCACCAGAUCACGAACUGGAUCUAACCUGCCUUACCUUUUCCUCCCGAUUAUCCCCUUUCUACCGUGCAUAGUCCCGUAUCACCUUGGACCGCUGGGUGCUUUGCAGAGUAGAGAGGGGAUACUCCAUCCAAUUCUGUGCCGUCCCGCUGUUCCACCCC